CCGACGGUUAAACAUAACGUCCGUGAAUUUCGACUCGAAAAGCGGCUUUCUCGCGCGCUCCCCUUUUUUUUAACGUGUAUGUGUUGUGUGUGCUUGGCGUGCGGCUAACUUUGUUGUCGUCGUUCUGGAGUGUUGUUGCUGUGGCAGCAACGUGCGACGCGCGCCUUAAUAAACAAAAAUAAUACUCAUAUCCCACGGAGAUUGUUUGAAAGCCAGGUGCAUAACUAGUUCUAAAAGUGGCCAGUGUUUUUGCAUUACUCGUAGCUCCUAAUCCCGAACUGCUUGCCAUUAGUAAUCUGGUAAUUGCUGCACCUGAAACAAGAGGGAAGAAGGCCCCGCAGCAACGCGAGGAGUGAGGAAAUCAAAGUAGGAACCACAACCACAAUUCUGUCAAGCACUGGACUUACAAUCCCACCCAAGAACCCCAAAAGCCAAGAUCACACAGGCUUUGCCUUUUGCCGAGUCGAAUGUCACCUGGUGUGAGCUCAAUUCAAAUCAUUUUGGUAUACCUUCCUAGCAGGACUACACAUAAUAUAAUUUGAAAAUAAAAUUCCAACCGAGAUGCCGAAUAAAAAAUUUCCAAAAAUGUCGCAGGCGCAACUAAAACUUUUGAUAAAGAAGCAAAAUCAGAAUUUUGAAAAGACCAUGAUUAUUCUUCAGCCGCCGAGGUAUAUACAGCAGCCGCCGAUUAGGGAGUUCAGGCGCGGAUCGCACUCGGUUUCCCCCAAGAAGCCCCCCAAAACGGAGGCUCGUCCCGUCCCUCCACCUCGCAAUUUGGAGAAGCCCAUCACUGUCCUUCAGCCGCCGAAGUCUGCACAACAGCCGCCGAUUGUGGACUUCAACCGGGGAUCGAACUGGGCUUCCCCCAGGAAGCAGACCGAACCGGAGGGUUGUUUUGUAGCUCCAACCGAGAAUUCUGAAAAGCCCUUCAGUACUCUUCAGGCGCCAAGGUAUGUACGUCGACCGCCGGUCAGGGAGUUCAACCGGAAAGCUAAUAGACCGAAGGUUCGACUCGAGACUCCAACUCAAAAUUUUGAGAAGCCCAUCACUAUACUUCAGCGGUCGACUUGGGUUCCCCGCCAGAAGCAGACUAGGCCGGAGGUUCGUCCUGAAACCCCAAAUCAGAACUUUGAGAAGCCCAUCACUAUACUGCAGCCGCCGAUUAGGGACCUCAACCCGGGAUCGAAUAGGGUUUCCUGCGAGAGGCAGGGUAAACCGAAGGUUCCUCCUGAAACUCCAACUCCUGAAACAGCAGGAGGAUGGCAGCAUGUCGACGAUGUGGGGGUGCUGGUGCUACAGAAGGUGCAGGUCAGUCAGGUUGAGGAAAAGGAGCAGAACCCCAAGAAUGAUGCCAAGCAAUGGGCACAGAACCCGAAGAAUGAUGACAGGCAAAAACAAAGGAGACCGAAGAAUGCUACCAAGCUACUGAAACAGAACUUGGAGAAUGAGGCCAGGCAGGGAGAGCAGGGCCUGGAGGAGGAUGACCAGCAGAGCUCCAAGAAGCAAGUCAGGCGCAAGAAACGUGCACUUAACAAAACCCGUGGUAAGGAUGGAAAGGAUCGGCAGAAGACUCGUCGGAAUCAGGAGCAAGCUGCUAGCGAGGACUCGCCUCGGUAUCGAGUCGGCCUCAGCCAGGAUGAAUCCGGAUCCCUCAGCUCUUCUGUGUCAUCGUCAUCUGCCUCGAGCAGUGGUCCAAAAGCGGAUGAGCCCCUUGCCAAUUUUCCGAGCCUCGAGACACUGCACAAAACUGCCUGGAGUUUCUUUUCCCAUCCCCAUUACAAACCGGUAGAGACGCCGCCCUCGACCGCGGUGCCCAUAACACCUCGGGCCAGGGAGACCGAUCAGAAGGAUUUGGAUUCGAUUCCCCUCCAACCGCCGCCCUUGAACCUGAGGGCCCUUAACCAGGCCUUCGAAAACUUGGCUGCUUCGAAUCCUUGGAGGCAGGAGUCCCGGGCAGAGGAGCCCCUUCGACCGCGACCGGGACGCAGCAUCUUCGAUGAAUACAUAACGCCCCAUUUUAAGCUCACUCGGGAGCAGAAGCUUCGCCUGCAGGCGGUCGUCUCGCAGGAGGAUAUUCCGCUGGAGGAGGCCCUCUUGGCCGUCAUCCAGGAUCUGCGCAAGGAGCGGCUGGCCCGGGAAUCGGCAGCAUCUCCAGCGGCAGCUGACAGUGGCCCCAACAUGCAGGGAUAUCCGCCGCCGAACCGCCACUUCGGUGCUCAUCCAUACGAGGUGCAGCCGGAAUAUGGUUACUACUCGCAGCCGGCAAAUGGUUACUAUCCGCACCCUGAAAAUGGAUUCUACAUGCAGUCGGGAGAUGGUUUCUACAUGCAGCCGGGAGACGACUUCGGCUUCCAACCGCAGCCGGGAUGUGGCUAUUCCCUAGCCUAUGAUCCCUAUUCCCACCCCGGUCAGGUCUACCCAAUGCAUCCGCAGCAGGUCUAUCCGAUGACUCACCAGCUGGUCUAUCCGAUGACUCACCAGCCGGUCUGCCCCGUGCCUCAGCAGCCGCAACCGAAGUGGGAUUCUACACCACCAGAUUUUAUGCGUCCCCAGGAGGUUGACUUCGUAUCGGGCUUCAUCAGGGACUUCAUGCCGGACAUCCUGGGGGCACCUGACUUCAGUGCCAGCUCCUCGAGUCGCUCCAGCCCCUCCAGCCAGUCGAGCCGCGGCAGCAUGCUGUGAGUAGCCGGCGGGAAAUAGGAGUACUGUAGCAUACAUAUCGUUGUUCAACCCAUGUCAGCGAACGAAAAUUGAUGCCAGUCCGGAUUGGAGGGUUUUAUAAUGUACAAGAACAGAAACUGAGUACUGCAGCACACUUCAUUUUUCAUCUGUGUAUGUCUUAAUAAACGAACAUUUGUGAUGUAACAUAAA